AUGUGGUCAUUUUUACAAACAGAUUUACUCUUGCUCAUUUUGCUGUGUUCCUACUUUUCUUCUGCUCUAUCCUCUUCUUUGUUUACCACCUCCUGUCAGUGGCAGGGGCAGUUUCAUGUAAAUGGAAUGCACAAGAGUGGGGAUGUCAUUCUGGGUGGACUGUUUCCAGUCCACUUUUUUUCAAGUAUUCCUGAUCUGUCUUUUACUUCAAAGCCACAACAGCCUACUUGCCAUGGUUUUUAUGUCCUAGGAUUUAGGCUUGCACAAACCAUGGCCUUUGCUAUUGAUGAGAUCAACAGAAACGCCAACUGUCUGCCAAAUGUGACUCUUGGAUACAUAGUAUAUGAUAACUGUGUCAACCUUGGAAUUGGUUUCCAUGCCGCAUUGUCAUUAGCAAGUGGUCAAGAGGAGCAAAUUAUGUUAGAUGAUACAUGUGUUGGAAAUCCUCCAGUCCUAGCAAUUGUGGGUGAUUCUUCCUCUACAGCUUCUAUUGCUAUCUCUAACAUCUUAGGUUUGUACAGAGUACCUAUGGUCAGUUAUUUUGCCACAUGUUCCUGCCUGAGUGACCGUCAAAGGUAUCCAUCCUUCUUUAGGACGAUCCCAAGUGAUGCUUUCCAGGUACGUGCUAUGAUUCAGAUUCUAAAACAUUUCAGCUGGACUUGGGUAGGUCUGCUCAUCAGUGAUGAUGAUUAUGGACUUCAUGCAGCCAGAUCAUUACAAUCUGAGCUGAGUCUGUCUGGUGAAGGUUGCCUGGCUUACUUUGAGGUUUUGCCUUGGGACAAAGACACAGAUGAAAUCAGGAGGAUUGUGGAUGUGAUGAAAAAAUCCACAGCUCGAGUUGUCAUUGUUUUUGCACAUGAGAGUCGCAUGAUAAACCUCAUGGAAGAGGUAGUGAGGCAGAAUGUAACAGGUCUGCAGUGGAUGGCCAGUGAAGCCUGGACAGCAGCUGCUGUGCUGCAAACACCUCAGCUUAUGCCAUACCUGGGUGGUACACUGGGCAUCGCCAUUCGUCGAGGAGAAAUACCAGGGCUCAGAGAAUUCCUGUUACAAAUACGUCCUGACCUACAUCAUGACAAAAACUUUGUAAAUAUCAUGGUAAAUCAGUUUUGGGAAUUCACAUUUCAGUGCAGAUUUGCACCAGCUCCAGCAGGCUGGGUGGAAGAUGGAGGUGUACUAUGUACUGGACAGGAAGAUCUACAAAAUGUGGACAGUGAGCUUUUGGACAAUUCCAACCUCCGGCCUGAGUACAAUGUGUACAAAGCUGUGUAUGCUCUGGCAUAUUCCCUGGAUGACAUGCUGCGGUGCAAGCCAGGAAGAGGGCCUUUCAGUGGGAACAGCUGUGCGACUUUGCAAACACUGGAGCCAUGGCAGCUUGUUUAUUACUUGGAAAGGGUGAACUUCACCACUCCAUUUGGCGAUCAAGUGUCAUUUGAAGAGAAUGGUGAUGCAUUGCCAAUUUAUGAUGUGAUGAACUGGUUGUGGCUCCCUGAUGGAAGCACUAAAGUUCAGAAUGUGGGUGAGGUUAAGAGGUCAGCUUUCAAAGAUGAAGAACUCAUACUUGAUGAAGACAAAAUCUUCUGGAACUUUGAAUUCAAGAAGCCACCUCGAUCAGUAUGCAGUGAGAGCUGUCCUCCUGGUACCCACAUAAUGAGAAAGAAGGGGGAACCUGAAUGCUGUUUUGACUGCAUUCCUUGUUCAGAGGGAAAAAUCACUAAUAAGAGCAACUCCUUGGAGUGCACCAGUUGUCCGGAGGACUUUUGGUCAAACCCCCAGCGUAACCACUGUGUACCUAAGAAGACAGAGUUCCUCUCCUACCAUGAGCCUCUGGGUAUCUGUUUGACAGCAACCUCAUUGCUGGGCACACUGAUAUGUGCUGUUGUUCUUGGGAUCUUUAUUUACCAUCGCAGAACACCUAUAAUACGUGCCAAUAAUUCAGAACUUAGUUUCCAGUUAUUGCUCUCACUUAAGUUGUGUUUCCUGUGUUCACUGCUGUUCAUUGGACGACCCAGGCUCUGGACAUGCCAACUCAGGCAUGCAGCAUUUGGGAUCAGCUUUGUGCUUUGUGUCUCAUGCGUCCUGGUUAAAACCAUGGUUGUUCUGGCUGUGUUCAAAGCCUCCAAGCCAGGAGGGGGAGCCAGUCUGAAGUGGUUUGGUGCUAUGCAGCAGAGAGGAACAGUUCUGGUUCUUACAUCUAUUCAGGCAGCCAUCUGCACUACCUGGCUUGCCUCAUCCUCUCCAGUUCCACAUAAAAACACCCAAUAUCACAAUGAUAAGAUAGUUUAUGAGUGUGCAGUUGGGUCCACUGUUGGUUUUGCAGUCUUAUUGGGUUAUAUUGGCCUGCUGGCUUUCCUCAGUUUUCUGAUUGCAUUCCUGGCAAGAAAUCUUCCUGACAGUUUUAAUGAGGCCAAGUUCAUCACAUUCAGCAUGCUGAUCUUCUGUGCUGUGUGGGUGGCCUUUGUUCCUGCUUAUAUCAGCUCACCAGGAAAUCUUGCAGAUGCAGUGGAGGUAUUUGCUAUCCUGGCCUCAAGUUUUGGCCUUUUGGUCGCAUUACUUGGACCCAAAUGUUACAUAAUCCUGUUGAGACCAGAACUGAACACAAAAAAAGCUAUUAUGGGUCGUGGCAUUGAAUCAUAA